GCGCGGCUGGCGAAGGAGCGGGCAAACGAGUUUCUGCACCUCUUCCUGGAGCGGCUACUCAGUUUUCAGUUGGCGCAACAGGAGACGCAGCGAGCGUCGCAGCUCCAAGGGAGCAGCGCAUCUCUCGUCACUACAAAGGCCGAGGCAACAGCGGAUGUGGUCAAUGGUGCCUGCAACUUUGCCGCGAGCCCAGACAUUAAAGGCUUCCGUCUGCAAGCGCCGGUCACAGAACUGGCUGGCGCCUGUGCUGCAGUCAAAGAUGCUGCAGUGUUUGGCCUUCUGGCAGACGCCCCGACAAAGGUGAGGCUUUCGUCGCACAUCAAGAUGGACGACGGCUCUUCGGUACCCUCCACGAUGACACCAGGCUCUGGGAAUGGUGUUGAGUCCCGUCGCGUCCUUGAAGAUGUGAUCCAGCUUCAGAGUGCCAGCGCCUCCGCGGCUUCGCCUGCUUUCACUCUGCCGGCGGCCUCGCCUCCGCGCCAAUCGGACGCCAGGAAGUCCCCAAAGGCUCCCAGCCCAGGGGCUGGCGAGAUUCCAAGCCCGUCCUUCCCGACGAAAGGGCGCUGCGCUGCCACUUACAGCUUUGGACCUUUGACCUUCGCGAGGGAGGAGGUGCCAGUCUUGUCUUCACCUCCACAGCCACAGCAGGACCUUCAGCGCUCAGGCUUCGCAACGCUGGAAACUGCCGCGACAACGGCUCCAUCGCGCUUCGACAUCACUCAGCUGCCCGCUGAGGCCCAGUUCUCUGCACGUGGAGCCCAGUUCCAAGGUGCACCUGAUUGCCAGCCACAGCCGACUGAAUCUAGGCGAGAGCCUUACGAAGCGGAGGUCUGCAGGCUGCUGGAAGCCGUGCAAGGAGCAUGUACCGACCUCGCUCAGCGUCUCGAGCACCAGCGCCAGGCUGCAACUGCUCGGCCGGCGCCUGGAGCGCAGUGGUACGAUAUGAGCACUCCGGCAUUGCCACCCAGUACUUCCGGCAGCCUGCUGCUUUCCAACCCGACUUCGGCAACUCAGGUCGAGGAUCCCUGCCCCAUGCUGAGUCCGCCAACGCUCUUCCAGUAUUCUUCCGUUGCAAUGCCGAGCCCGGUGAUUUGGGAGAUUGUGGGUGGAGGCGACAAAGGUGGCAUCAUCGUUCGGGACGGUGAGAGCACCAAGUCUGCGCAGCUGGGAGACCGUCUGUCGACGGGUUCCCUGGUGGAGCAAGUGACUGUGAAAGGUGACCGCUUGCAGUACAAGCUUCUUGCCGGCGCAGGACCUCCCGAAGGCUGGAUCAGCGUCUUGCUCUCUGGGAAGCCUCUGGCCGUGGUCGCAAGGGGUGCGGCCGGUGAACCGGCUCCCUCCAAGCAAGAGGCUAGUGCGGCACCCGCGGAGCCCGUGGCCACGGCGAACGGGCACGAGCAGGACGACGAGGGUGCCAUCGCGAGGAGAGCAAAGUGGGCGACCUGGACGCCUCUUCCUCAAGAGGUGUGGGACAACUUUCCACGUGCCGGAGAUGGCGGUCGCCCCACAUCGCUCGGUGCUUUCAAAAAGGUGGUCGGCGAAGCCGCCGCGGGCGAGUUUUGGGGACUGAAUUUCCCCUUGUCUGCGGACCAGUUUCUGGAAAUGGGGCCGGACUGGCUGACGAAGGCCAUGCACAAGGCAGGCACCCUGCCGAAGGACAACAGGAUCGUGAAGUUCACGGACUUCGACAUCAAAGCUGCCAAGACGACGGAGUCCACAGAAUCCACGGAAGCAAGCUGGGGUGGUGCCGGGAUCAAGAUACUGCUGUCCGUGGACUACAG